AUGGUGCGCGGCGGGAUGCUCACCCCUUGGUGGACCAGCCGGCGGAAGGCGGUCUCUGGUAUGUCGGGCCGCAGCAUGAAGCUGACCGGACUGAACACGAUGGACGAUCCGAAGGGUUUCAGCAAGCUCGGACAUGCUGAACUGAGACGGCGGGGCCUCAAACGGCUCGCUGGUGUGGCCGGGGCGGCGGUGCUCUACAGCGCCCUGCGUCACCUCUGGCCGGCCCCGGGCGCCCUGUGCACGCUCCUGCUGUCCUUCAUGGCCUGCUGGAUCAUCUACACGGAGAUGUCGCGCAUGCAUCACCUCAAGCAGGAGACGAACCUCCUCAGCGAGCGCGUCCGGCAACUGAUGGAGGCGCGCCGCGCAGCCGGCCUGGCGCGGCUCGAGCACGACAUCCGCCGCAUCCGGCACCGAGUUCUCCCCAGCGCCGGUGCGUGGGCGGCCAUCUCCCGCACGGGCUCCGAGCAGCACCGCAAGGACGGGUCCUCGGGCGCGUGCACCGCGCCUUCGCGCUCGCCUUCCUCCGCGGACGCGCGCGUACACGACCUCACGUCGCUCGCCGUCGGCGCCCUGUCCCAGCUCGCGAAGGCAGCGAGCGCCGCGCGCUCCCCAGGCCCGCCCACGGGCGCCGGAGAGGCGUUCGAGAUCCACGAUUGGAUCGUUCGCGCCCUCAGCCCGCUCGGACUGCACCCCGCGGACGACCACGACCUCUACCGCCGCAUGCACCUCUCCCUGGACGUCGUCGACGGCUCCAGCCGCGUCGAGGUCGACCAGGGGUACUACUGCCGCCUCUGCUUGGGCUACAACCAGACCCGCCGAGGCAUGCCGGUGGUGCUGGAGCGCGGGCGGCGGCUCUGUCCGUCGUGCGCGCGGUCGCUCGUCGACGGCGCGCUCGAGGGGCGCAUCCCCGUGCCCAUCGUGUUGCCGCUGGGCGACGAGGAGGCGCACGUGCGGCCGGCGCAUCUGGAGGGCGUGCUGUCGCGGCACGAGUUCGAGCGGUUCAAGCGCGUGUACGAGGUGAAGGCGUCGCUCGGGGCGUCGGCGCCGCACCGGUCGCUGCUGGGGGGCGCGCUGCAGGACGCGAGGGAGGUGUUGAACGCGAGCGAGCGGGGGGACGCGCGGCUGCAGGAGGCCGGAACGCAGGCGGUGCGGCCAGCGGUGCGCUCGCAGGGGGAGGAGCAGCAGGGGGCGGCGGCGAGGGGGCGGUCGGAGGACUUGGGCCCGCUGGGACAGCCCAAGCACGUGGGGGCGUCGCGGUUCGCGCAAAUGCCGACGAUCGCGGACGGCGGCGCCGCGGAGGGCCGCCGGGCGUCGGUGAGGGCGCAGAACGGCACGGCAGACUCGCGGCCAAGCGCGCCGCCAUGA